ACGGUGAUGAUAGAUCGGAAUAUUUCAUGGGAAUUAAAUGACACAAAACUUCAAGAUAUUCUGGUUAUGAGUCUUGAAAAUGGCCGUGAUUAUUUUGUCCCUGUAGUGGCACAUUAUUACCCCAGAUGUUUUGGUGUCACUCUUGAGCAGCUACUAAAUAGAAGGGCGGAAACUGAGGGAAAUUUGAUCGAUUUCGGCAAUGAACCGGAGGAGCUGGAUGAUUUCUGUCCACCUAAUAUUCCCCGUGAGAUUUAUCGACUGAUAUGUGCACUUCAAUUGUUCGGUCCCAAACGCUUGGAUUUAAACGAUGUUAUUGACAAUUCUUCAUUCAUUGUCGUACGAAAUGCACUUGAAAGUGGUAUUCCAAAAGACUUGAGUUAUCUUUGGAAAAUUGUCAUAUCACUACCACCUGUGAAUGCAGCGGUUCUUGAGUAUCUCAUCAACUACCUCCGUGAGCUAAUUACACAAGUGCCAUCCGCAUCAGGUUGGUUAUUCUACGCCUUUUUGUCACCCUUGAAUUAUUUUUUAGUGAGUAGGAUUUCAGGCAUAGUAUUCCUAUUGGGGCUUCAUUUUCUUCGUUUGUUUAUGAAUGAUUUUGAAACUGUGGCUCGAUAA